AUGAAGGCCUCCGGAGCUGUUCUGACCCUGGUUCUCAUUGCUGCAGCCUUCUGGUGUGGAGAUCAAGCCACUGUGGGUUCUAACCCGCCAGUCAUUUGCUGCUUUACCUUCACUAGUAAGAAGAUUCCUCCAAAGCUGGUGGUGGGCUAUGAGGCUACCACCAGCACCUGUGUCAGUGACGGUGUGAUCCUUUCCACAAGACGAGGCUUGAAAAUCUGUGCUAACCCAGAAGAGAAGUGGGUCCAAAAUAUUAUGAAGCUAUUAGAUGACAAGAAAACCACGACUGAGUCCGGGAUGACUACUGCCACUGCUGCUUCAUUUUAAACCAGCCCACUUGGAGAUCAAAGCUGGAUAGAAGAAUUAUUUCUUUCUUUCCCACCUCCCAGAACUGCUCUCUGCAAUACUUAAUUAUAAUUUAAAUAUGUUUUGUCUCAUUUAAAUUAUUGGUGUUUAGCUUUAUAUGUCACAAGAAUUUGUACCUUAUUUGUCAUCAUUAUUAUUAUUUGUCACCUACUCUUG